AUGGCCGGAACUGCGAGCAAGAAGAGAACAAAUGACGGCCGCCUCGCGCCACCGUCUAAGAAGCAGAAGCGACAAGAUAAGAAGCAAACGGAGCCCGUUGCGGACGAAGAGCAAAGUUUCGACGCGGUCAACCUCCUCGACUCGGACGACGAUGACAUCCUCAACGCCAACGUCGACGACGGCGCCGUCUCCGACGACAACGACUCAGUGAGCUCCGCAGACGAGCGCACGGCGUCCAAGAAGAAGACAAAACCCGCGCCUCAGGCGAAAAAGAGCAGAGAUGCCCCCGCCGGCACCGACUCGGACUCGGACUCGGAAGAAGAAAGCGGCGACGACGAGGGCGCGCCCCAAAAGACAAAGUCCAAACGCAACGACCCCUCGGCCUUCUCCACAUCCAUGUCCAAGAUCCUGUCGACCAAGCUCUCGAACGCGAAACGGGCGGAUCCCGUACUGGCCCGCAGUGCCGAGGCCCACCAGUCGGCCAAGGCGGCCGUCGACCUGGCGCUCGAGUCCAAGGCGCGCAAACAGAUGAGGCAGCAGAAGAAGGAGGCGCUCGAGAAGGGCCGCGUGCGCAACGUGCUGGUGGCGCCCGAGACGGAGAACACGUCGACGGGGGAGAUGAUUGAGACAGAGCGGCGGCUGCGCAAGGUCGCGCAAAGAGGUGUCGUCAAGCUCUUCAACGCCGUGCGGGCCGCGCAGGUUAAGGCAGCCGAGGCGGAGAAGAAGGCGCGCAAGGACGGCGUCGUCGGCGUGGUGAGGAGGGAGGAGAAGAUCAAUGAGAUGAGCAAGAAGGGCUUCUUGGACCUGAUCGCGUCUGGCGGCGGAGGGCUCAAGAAGGGCGCGUUGGAGGAGGCCUGA